AUGAGUCAGUACAGUUACAGUAGCAGUGUGACCUUCACUCGUUUUAUUGUGGGUGCCUCUGACACAGGCAGCUACGCAUGUGGUCCCUGCUCUGGCUACCACAAGAGCCGCUCCAUCAGUCGUAUCACUGUAGCCUGCUCUACUGAGCCACAGCACCAAGGAGGCUCCUUCCACCUCAUCUUUGAUGGGUCUAACAGCACCAGGACUCAGCACGCCAUCAACCAUUCAGCCUCCUUCAACAUUUCUGAGGCAGACUACUCCCACCAGGGCAACUACAGCUGUGUCUAUGAGGUCGCUGUGUCCAGCCGCACCUUCAAGUCAACACAGACAGCACCACUGCCAGUCAUCAUAAGAGCAUCCCUGGCUCCCAUCAUUGCAUCUGGAGUGAUUUCAGGGUUGUUCCUACUUUUGCUGAUCCCUGCCAUCCUCUACCUGGUGAAGAAAAAGUGUUUGAGUGACACACACAUGCACACAAUCCAGAGUAGCAAUGUUGCACACGGUACUGCGAACACAUAUGGAUUUCAUCAUGGACCAGGUGGGUCACCUGAUGAAGAUGAGAACAUCUAUGUGAACGUAGUCAUGCCUGCUGACCAGAGGGGUCGCGGUAUAGAGGCUGAAGGAGAUCUGGAAGAAGACGACUAUGUGAAUGUAAAAGAGCUGCAUGGCCCAACUGCUACAGAUAACGACUAUGAAGAGGAUGACUAUGAAAACUAG